AUGUUGGGAAACAAGUACAGCUUUGGUAGUUUUCUUCUAAUGAAUGGUGUCCCUGUUGAUGUGGAGAGUCAAGAAACCAUAUUUCUGUUCACCCUUUUCAUGUUUAGUGCUCAGAUGACGCUUCAAGUUAUUGGAUCUUUGCCUUUGCUGGAAGUUAAGGCAGACCUCUUGAAUGAGGAAGACCGGCUUAAACCUGGAGCCCUGCAGAUGCCUCCCAGGCAAGAAAGGGAGGCUUGGAGGACCUCACCGGGCCCCCCCACACUGCUGCUCAUCAGGGCACCUGGUCAGGCCCUGGAGACCAACGUCAUUUGGAGAUUGUUUUUGAGAGUGGACCAAGACAAAGACAGAGAAUGCAGCCUGGACUGUGCAGGUUCCCCUCAGAAAUCACUCUGUGCAUCUGAUGGAAGAACUUUUCUGUCCCGGUGUGAAUUUCAACGAGCAAAAUGCAAAGACCCUCAGCUGGAAAUAGCCUACCGGGGCAACUGCAAAGAUGUUUCCAGAUGUGUGGCUGAGAGGAAGUACACCCAGGAACAAGCUCGCAAGGAAUUUCAACAAGUGUUUAUCCCAGAGUGCAAUGACGAUGGCACGUAUAGUCAGGUUCAGUGCCAUAGUUACACUGGAUACUGCUGGUGUGUCACUCCCAAUGGUCGUCCUAUCAGUGGCACUGCUGUGGCCCACAAAACUCCCCGGUGCCCAGGUUCAGUGAGUGAGAAGCUUCCACAACGAGAAGGUGUGGGAAAAACAGAUGAUGCCUCAGCUCCCGCGCUGGAGACUCAGCCUCAAGGUGAUGAAGAAGAUAUAGCUUCUCGUUAUCCUACAUUGUGGACUGAGCAAGUAAAGAGUAGACAAAACAAAACCAAUAAAAGCUCAGCAUCAUCAUGUGAUCAAGAACUUCAGUCAGCCCUGGAGGAAGCUAAACAGCCUCAGAAAGACAAUGUGUUCAUUCCAGAGUGUGCUCAGGGCGGCCUCUACAAACCAGUGCAGUGCCAUCCUUCCACGGGCUACUGCUGGUGUGUUCUGGUGGAUACGGGACGUCCCAUUCCUGGUACAUCAACCAGGUAUGAACAACCUAAGUGUGAUAACGGUGCCAGAGCUCACCCAACCAAAACAAAGGAUUUGUACAAAGGACGCCAGCUUCAAGGUUGUCCUGGGGCCAAGAAGAAUGAAUUCCUGACUAGUGUUUUGGAUGCGUUGUCCACGGAUAUGGUGCACGCAGUCUCUGAUCCAUCAUUGUCUUCUAGCCGGGUUUCAGAGCCUGAUCCAAAUCAUACUCUGGAAGAGAGAGUGGUCCAUUGGUAUUUCAAACAGCUAGAUAAAAAUUCCAGUGGUGACAUUGGCAAGAAAGAAAUCAAGCCAUUCAAGAGAUUCCUCAGAAAGAAAUCAAAACCAAAAAAAUGUGUGAAGAAGUUUGUGGAAUACUGUGAUGUGAACAACGAUAAGUCCUUAUCCGUUCAAGAACUAAUGGGCUGCUUGGGAGUAACAAAAGAAGAAGCAGCCCCUAAAACCAACACUGAGAGCACUUCAUCCAGCAGGCAGCAAGUUUCUAAGAAGCAAGGGUGAACAGCUUACUGAUCCAAGGCAGAUCUCUGACAUGUGGGAGAUUUCCUCACCAAAAGGCAAUAAAAACAACUGUAGUAUUUGCACUUUGUACUAAAAAAUGUAAAUUCACUUUGUAGAAAUGAAAUAUUUAAACAGACUUUUUUUUUAAUCUGUGAAAAUGUAAUGGCUAGUUUUGAAAAAUUAUCACAUACAAUGUAUGUGUAUUCCUUUGUUGUCUGAAAUAUGUAAAACGUGUUGAAGAUGUAAAAGUUUGCAUUUAAACCAUUUUUUAAAAAAUAGCUUUUUGGCAAACAGUAGCAUAGAAACCUGAUUCUAUGUAUUUUGGUUUCAAUAGUAUACUUUGUUUUUCUUAAUCAAUACUGUCAUUUAAGUAGAAUUAUGCUGAAAAGUCUACUGUAUUCUCAAUUUUGUCCAAGCAGUGUUGGAUGUUUCAGGUUUGCAGGACUGAGGAAAGUGUGUAAAUUGCUGUUUACUUGGUUUUGCAGUUUUUAACUGAACAGAUUUUUCAUCGGUGGCAAUAUUUUAUUUCAUUUUGGUUUUAUUGUUAUUAUUAUGCUUUCCAAAGAUCAUGCAAUGAGAACGCAACCACUAAUGGAUUCAAAACAGUUAUUCUACGGUUGGGAUACUUGUAGAAAAAUGUAUCCUUUUAUCCAUUUUUGAGGUGCCUUCCAUUAUAAGUUUUGGUAGGAUUUUUCCCUUGUUUGUUUUCGCUUGGGUUAUUAAUACAACAAACCAACAAGGAGUAAGGUAAUGUCACUCCAGUCUGGUUCAGCCUGGGCUUAAAAGCAUGUUUCUGUGGCCAGUGCAAAGCAGGAGCAGAGUUUAUAUGGGUCAGAAUUGUAAAUCUAACUAUAAAGAGACAGGGAAGGCUAAACAGAUUGUUCAACUUUUUCUUCCCCUACACCUGGCUGCCCCCAUCAACUCUUUGGUUUGCCUCAGGGUCCACUAGAGGUAAAGCUGAAGAAAUUACGAACAGUUGCCAUCAGGAGGGGCUACUCACAUCACCCCUGCCUGAGGCUUUUUCCUUGCUGUCUGAAAGAAGUUCUCACAAGUUUUCAUACCUUCUCUGUCAUUUGCCCCCCUCCCCCCCCGCGCUUUUUCGUAUGUGUGCCUGAGGGGAAUAAGAACUUGCGGAUGUGAAUUUAGAGCAGGGGACCCAAGUAAAAAAGGUUCAGCUCUUAAACAACUGUGAGUUACAAGCAGCUGGGUUGAUCGAUGCAGUGGUAGAUGGACUGCUGGCAUCUAGGAGCUGACAUGAAAAGGCAGGAAUGUUGCAACAAGCAGUGAUUUCAUUCUGGUUUGUUUAAAUAACGUGUGGGAUCUGACAUGUGACUAGCUAAUCAUAAUAGCACCCUGGCUUGAGCUUGUACCUUGAAAAGCUUUUUUGCAAAUAAAAAUGUUUCAUUUCAAUUUCAACAUAUGCUGAAGUAAUAGGAAACACUGUAUGCAGUGGAAUUGUACCCCAGAAAUUGUGUACUCUAAGCUUCGGCAGCAGGAGGAACCAAGACGCAACUGUGUGUUAUUUUGUAUUUUUGUUUUUAAAAGUAUUUGUUAUUCUUUUAUACUGUUAAACUUUGAAUUUAAUCUUCUUUAUAGAUUAAAAAUCAGUAUGUUAUCAAAC